ACAGAAAAAGACGUGAUGACGUCCUCUCCAGAUUGCGUAUUAUGGGAUGUGCGGAAUUAAACAACCCGAAGAGGACGAGGGGAAGCCAAAAAUAAUAAAAGAGACAGAAAUAAACGAGGUGCAUGGUGAAUCAUGGAGCUCUCGGCUGUUGGUGAGAGCGUCUUCGCAGCCGAGUCCAUCAUAAAACGGCGAAUCAGACGGGGUCGUUGGGAAUAUCUCGUAAAAUGGAAGGGCUGGUCUCAGAAGUACAGCACCUGGGAGCCGGAGGAAAACAUUCUGGAUGCGCGCCUCUUCGCUGCCUUCGAGGAGAGGGAACGCGAACGGGAGAUGUUUGGGCCGAAGAAGAGGGGACCCAAACCCGAGACCUUCCUCCUGAAGGCCAAAGAGAAAGCCAAAGAAAAGACGUAUGAAUUUAGAAGAGAGGCUCCCAGAGGAAUCCAGGUCUGCUACCCCAUCCCGGAGCCGGUCAUCACACCGAGGGCCCGCGAGGGUUUACGCACCGUGGUUCCCACAAUCUUCCCACCGAGCGCGAUCAACAGGGGGGAGAGCGUCCACGUGGGACCGCCAGAGCCAGAGAGGAGGCCCAGAAUGACUCCUCCAGCUCCUCUGACGGCCCAGGAGCCUCUGCGCUUCCCUAAAAAGAGGGGCCGCAAACCGAAGCUGCAUCUGCACUAUGAUAAGGAUGAUGGGAGCAGCUCAGCAGAGCCGGAGGCCAAACGGAGCAGGCUGCUGGAGGAGCCGCUGGCACACGGCCUCUCCAAGAUGUCCCAGCGUCUGCACCACCACCACCACCAUCACCACCACCACCACGGAGAGACGUCGGACCACAGCCUCGUCCAGCUCACCAAGAGGUUCCAGGAGGAGACCACCAUCACACCCAAACCCAGCAGCGGCCAGAGGAGCACGGGGGGCGCGGGCUUGUCUUACAGCUGUGCGUUCAGUCCAGAUGUGCGUAAAAGUGACCAGAGGGCGCACAGGACUAACUGUCUGAGCAGGAUGUAUAUCCCGCAGCCCGGUAAGCUCAAACACCGCGGAGGCCACCGGAGCCACCAGGUGACGGAGUGCUGUCCGGCCCGGGAGCAGCCUGCAGUCAUCUCCUCCUCACAGUCCAUCCACGACUCAUCCGCGCGUCCCGCCUCGUCCUGGAGCCCAUGUUUCACCAACCUGGACACUGUGACCGUGACAGACGUGACCAUGAACUUCCUGACGGUGACCAUCCGGGAGAGCAGCACGGACGAAGGCUUUUUCCGAGACAAAAGAUGAAUAUUUGCUGUAGCUCAGAGGAGUCUAAUAUAUCCUGAGGUAAAUGUUUAACAAGUUACUAACAGACAAGUCUACUGUAAUACUAUAUUUUUUCUAUGUAACUUUCAAACGUGUAUAUACAAAUAUUUAAUACGCUGCUGAGGAAAUUAAAAAGUGUCAUUGUCAGUUUAUGGAGUCUUUUUCAUGUCUUCUUCAUUUUGGAUCUUUUUCUUUUUUUUUUAACUCUUCCAGUGUGAACAGUCCCAUGUGAUCACAGGCUUCGUGAAAUGAUCCGAACACUAUUUGAAAAUUCAGAAUAUAUUUUGACAAGUUGCCUGUCUGCACUCUGACGUGUGGUUUGGUUUCAUUGUGGCGCAGUGAUGGAAUGUUUCUGCGCCUCCUCAUGUUCACCAAAACACCACCAAGCAUCGAGUGGGAGGUUAAAAUAAAUACACGGUUUUGUUCACUUAAAUUCAAUAUUGUGAAUGUGUCAGAAAGCAAGAAAUUAUAUUUUUUAAAAUGUCUUAGAUAAUCAUAUUUGACUGCAGGAGGAGAUCUACCGCUUCAACGUGUUGGGAGCAGCUGUCAGAACAUCGUGUUGCUUGUGUUUGUGCAGUGUUUUGAAAAUUCUUCUGAUUAAACAUUUUAUCGUGGACCUGCAGUAACUGUGGGCCUUGAAUGGAGACAGGAUUUGUGUGCACAAGUCACAUUAAAAAGUGAUUCUUUCUGGGA